UCGCCGACAGUCAGGAAGAGAAAAGGCCGAAGAUUCCCGAAGCUCAGUCCGAACCUCGGAGCCUCGAACGCGGAACACUCCCUCGGUGACAGUCAGGACCGAAUCACUGCUCCGACCUUUCUAGCAGUCAUGGCAGAACUUGCGAGUCUGGUGCAGCGGCUGGAGGUGGCAGUGGGCCGUCUGGAGUCCAUGUCCGGGCCCGGUGGCAGCUCUGGUGGCUCCGCUGGUGGAGUUGUGUCUGCGUACGUGGAGGCUUAUGACGAGAUCGUGAAGACUUCAGUGGCCAACUACUUAACCCUGAGUCAGCAGAUCGGUGGAGAUGUCCAGAAACAUGCUGAGAUGAUGAAGCAGGCGUUUGCGUGUCAUAGGCAACUGCUGGUGACUGCUGCCUCCAGCCAGAAGCCCUCUGAUGCGGUUCUGAGCUCCAUCUUGCAGCCGAUGUCUAAGUCGAUCAUGCAGGUGCAGUCAUUUCGGGAGAGCCGCCGCGCCUCACAGUUCUUCAACCACCUCUCCACCGUCAGCGAGAGUGUUCCGGCGUUCGGCUGGGUCACCAUGUCUCCGAAACCAGGACCUUACGUCAAAGAGAUGCAGGACGCAGGGAUGUUCUACUCCAACCGCGUGCUGAAAGACUACAAGGAGAAGGACAAGACGCACGUGGACUGGGCCAGAGCUUACAUGUCCAUUUGGGCCGACAUGCAGGCCUACAUUAAGCAGCACCACACCACCGGGCUCACCUGGAGCAAGACGGGUCCCGUUGCCACGGUGUCUGCAGCUCCCCCUAGCGCUCCUGCAGGUGGAUGUCCUCCUCCCCCUCCCCCUGGGCCUCCCCCACCCAUGCUGGAGACCUGCAGCGACUCCAAACAGUCCGGCGACGACGGCAGAAACGCUCUGUUCGCUGCCAUCAACCAAGGAUCCAACAUCACCCGCGGUCUAAAGCAUGUGACGGACCAAGAAAAGACCCACAAGAACCCGGCCCUCAGGGGUCAGUCAGCUGUGGUGGUGGAGCCAAAGCGGCCGCAACCGACGACCAGACCUGCCGCCGCCCCGGCAGUCGCCAAGACCCCGGUCCUGGAGCUGGAGGGCAAGAAGUGGAAAGUGGAGUACCAAGAGUGCAAUCAGAACCUGAUGAUCUGCGACACGGAGCUGAAACAAGUGGUUUACGCCUUCAAGUGCAACAAGAGCACUCUGCAGAUCAAGGGCAAGAUCAACUCCAUCACCAUCGACUCUUGUCAGAAAAUGGGUCUGGUGUUUGAGGACGUCGUCGGCAUCGUGGAGGUCAUCAACUGCCGGGACGUGAAGGUCCAGGUGAUGGGCAAGAUCCCAACCAUCUCCAUCAACAAGACGGACGGCUGCCACGUCUACCUGAGCAAGGACUCGCUGGACUGUGAGAUCGUCAGCGCCAAGAGCUCGGAGAUGAACAUCCUGGUGCCCAACAAGGACGGAGAGUUUACGGAGAUGCCGGUUCCUGAGCAGUUCAAGACCAUCUGGGAUGGCUGCAAGCUGGUCACCACAUGCACUGAGAUCGCAGGGUAGGAACCUGCUCCCGCUCAGCGCCACCCGACCGAUCGACCAUCCACCAGCUUCCCACUCUAGACUGAGAAUCAUGCCCCACCCACGUCCCCUCCUCAGCCAAUCACAGCUUCAGCUGUUCCCACGCCAACGAGAGGACCGCUCGCACCAUCCGGAGCUUUUCCUCCAGCCAAUCAGCAGGGGGCAGUCUUUUUAAUUCAUCAUUCCUUUUUUAUUUGCCAAGUUCCUGUUUUGUGUCUGUCUGGAUACGGAUGCUAAAUCGCCCGAAUUAUGAGACCUGAAGAGGGCGCUAGAGUUCUGACCAUGAAUAUGCAAUCCAACGCGCGAGCACUUGACUGAGUUCAUAUCAGGAUCUUACAGAGCGGUUCACAUUGGUCAUGACAUUCCUGACUCCCCGUAACAUUCCACCAAAGGGAACAUGUGAGAGAAAGUUGUGGCAGAUCUUCUCACCCAUCAUGGGAUGGUGACGUCUUCGACUCACUUUGCUGCAUUUUCUUCUGUGUCGUCUCUUUUUCUCGGCCUCCUGGGUUCUGUUCAUUAGUACUGGAGACAUCAAUAAAUAAAAACGUUGCAAUAACACACCA